GUUCUUAUCAUAUCAACAUGAAGACCACAACACCCCAUCCCCACCGUGUCCUAUUAGUAACAUAUUGCGCUCAAGGGCACAUCAACCCUACCCUCCAAUUCGCCAGGCGCCUCACCCGCCACGGCGACGUCCACGUCACCUUCCUCACCUCUCUCUCCGCCUACCGCCGCAUUGGCCAAACCCCGACUCUCCCCCAUCUCUCGUUCACCUCCUUCUCCGAUGGCUACGACGACGGUUUCAAACCUGGUGACGACGUCAAUCGUUUCAUGUCAGAGCUCGAGCGUUGCGGUUCUGAAGCUUUGAAGAAUAUAAUCGAGGAAAGUAGAAACAAAGGCCAACCCUUCACUUGUAUUGUGUAUUCCAUACUCCUUCCUUGGGUGGCUACAGUGGCACGUUCCCUCGACAUUCCGUCUGUUCUUCUUUGGAUUCAACCGGCAGUCGUUUUCGCUUUGUAUUACUAUUACAACAAUGGAUAUUACGACGAAAUUCAAAGAAUUAUUUCUAGUGAUGAUCCUAAUUCCAUGAGUAUUAAAUUACCUGGGCUUCCAUUGUUGAGUGCUCGUGACCUUCCAUCAUUUUUUGGGAGUUCAGAUGUUUACGAUUUUGCACUCCCAAUAUUUAGGAGGCAAUUUGAAUUACUAGAGGAAGAGAGCAAUCCAAAGGUUUUAAUCAACACGUUUGAGGAAUUGGAGAAGGAUGCAGUGAGAGCGAUUAAGAAAUUUCAUUUGAUGCCUAUUGGGCCAUUGAUUCCAUCCGCUUUUCUUGACGGACAUGACCCAUCAGAAGUCUCAUCUGGAUGUGAUCUAUUCCGAUCUACUAGCAGUUAUAUCGACUGGUUGAAUUCAAAACCUAAAGCAUCCGUCAUUUACGUAUCAUCGGGAAGCAUUUCGACAUUAUCAAAGCAACAGAAAGAGGAGAUAGCAAGAGGAUUAUUAAGCACAAAGCGACCAUUUUUAUGGGUUAUCCGAGACAUUGAAGAAGAAAAAGAAGAUGCAUUAAGCUUUAAAGAGAAACUAGAAACUCAAGGCAAGAUAGUUUCAUGGUGUUCCCAACUUGAGGUUCUAUCAAGCCCAGCCACAGGCUGCUUUCUCACACACUGUGGUUGGAAUUCUUGUUUGGAGAGUCUGGCUUGCGGCAUUCCGACCGUGACGCUUCCACAAUGGACCGAUCAAGCGACCAAUGCCAAGAUUGUCCAGGACUUGUCGGAGACCGGAGUGAGGUUAAAGGUGGCGGAGGACGGCGUGGUUAAGGGAGAGGAGAUAGAGAGGUGUUUGGAGUUGGUGAUGGGAAAUUCAGAGAAAGGGGAAGAAAUAAGGAGGAAUGCUAUGAAAUGGAAGAAGUUGGCUAGGGAAGCUACUAGUGAGGGUGGUUCAUCAUGUGCCAAUUUAAAGGCUUUUGUGGAUCAAGUUUGUUCUUAGAUAUUGAUGAUUUAAGGCCCUACCCAUGCAAGAAAAUUUCUUGUUUUAAAAUAGUGUGGGGUUCGACUAUAUCUCAGAUUUAUUAAUAUUUACAAAGAUAAAUUUCUAGAGUGAAUAAGGAGAAUAUAGUAUUCAAUGCA